GCUUUAGUAGACUAGUGUAUAUAUAAACAAUAUUUUCAAAAUCUUAGAUUUCUAAACUAUGUAUAUAAUUGUACGAGACUAUAGUUUGUUAUUUCUGUGCAAAUAUUAUUGUAUUUAAUUCUUUCCUUAUUAUUUAAUCAGGCUCCUAUUGUAUCUACGGAAUGGAGUUAUUUUAGGCUAAGUCUUAGGCCUUGUAGUUACCAUAUUUUUACCUUCUUGAGCUUGUAUAUAUACGGACCUCUGUAUUACGAUUCAUAUGAAGAAUAUACUACUUUGAUAUUAUUUCCUUUCUAUUCUUCUGCGCUAUUACUCUGCGCUAAUAUGGUAUCAGAGCCGGCAUCUUGAUCCUACGUCGUGCGACUGAAUAUUGCGAUUAAACAACCACGAUGACGAAUCCACAAUCGUCGGAAGCACCAAAAACAGAAAGCAGGAGAAUCAAUGACCCUGGUUCUCCAUAUUACCUCCAUAGCUCCGAUAUACCGGGCGUGAACAUUUGUGGCAUCACGCUCCGGGGAGAAGAGAAUUACCGCGAAUGGUCAAUUGCCAUGCGAAAUGCGUUUCGGGCCAAGUGGAAGCUUGGUUUUCUUGAUGGCUCCAUCACCAUACCAGAAGAUAAAGCUGGGAUAGAGGAUUGGUACACAGUGAACUCAAUGGCGGUGGGAUGGCUUAUGUCAUCGAUUGAACCCAACCUUCGUCAUACCAUUGCAUACUUGGACACAGUCCAAGAUUUGUGGAAGGAUCUGCAGACUCGCUUUGAAGCGGGAGACGACAUGAGGUUUCACGAAUUGAAACAGGCUCUCCAAGAGUGUAAACAAGGUGGCGAUAACGUCACAAUGUAUUUCGGAAGGCUGAAAACCAUAUGGGACGACUAUGACGGGUAUAGAAAAAUCCCAAAGUGUACCUGCGGAGGAUGCAAGUGUAACCUAGAAAAACAAUUUCUGGAAAGUGUUGAGAAGGAAAAGAUUCAUGAGUUUCUUCUGGGGCUGGAUAGUAGAGUUUAUGGGACACUGCGUUCCAACCUUCUGAGUACGACUGAACUCCCAACACUUAAUAAAGUGUAUAACAUCAUUCUCCAAGAAGAGAGGCUUCAAAAGGUUACUCGAGGACAAGCAGAUGUACAAGAAGCAGCGGCCUUUGCAAUGCGAACGGGCGGCAAGUGGCAGUCAACUCCGGCGAAGGACAAGAGUAAGCUAAUGUGCUCGUAUUGCAAGAAGGGGGGACAUGAACGAGAUAGCUGCUUCAAACUCACGGGUCAGUAUCCGGAGUGGUGGAAAGGAAACAAAGGCGGAAAUGGAAAAGAAAAAAUUGGGUCGUUGACAAAGGAGGGUGGACGUCGCACACCUGGAGUCCAGGCAAAUGCUGUUGGCACAAUUCCAGAGGGUGAAGGAAGCUCACAUCCGGAUCCCAAGGAGUUCCCAACUUUCACGGUAGACCAAUGGAACUCACUGUUGGAGUUCAUGAAAAAAUAUAAGGCAGGUGAUAACCUUGAGAAACUGUCAGGACCCCACUUUGAAGACGCUGAUUGGAGUGGGUGAACGUCAUGGGGGGGUCUAUUAUCUGUGUGGAGUGGGAUCUGUGCAGGCCUCACAUGUGACUAGCGAAGAUUCAGAAGAUUUAUGGCAUAAACGCAUGGGUCAUCCUUCACGACGGGUGAUACGAUUGCUUUCUAUGUGUCGUAAUAAUCUUGGGAAUGAUACUGUUUUUAAUAAGAAUUGUGAUAUAUGUGCUCGUGCUAAACAGACACGCGAAAUAUUUCCUUCUAGUUUGAACCGUGCUUUACAUAUUUUUGAUCUCAUUCAUUGUGAUGUAUGGGGUCCUUAUCGCGAACCUAGCACGUGUGGCGCUUAUUAUUUUCUUACUAUUGUGGAUGAUUAUUCGCGUGCA